AUGGAGUGUAUUGAAAUGAAGGCGCCUCUCUCGGAAUCAUUUUCAAAGUGGACUGAGGAGAAGCCAAUGACAGAACGCGCUAAAGAGACUUCUGAAGUGCUGAAUCCGCCGGACAUUUAUGCUUAUAUGGAAGCUCCAACCAAUCAACUCAGCAAUGGAAAAGUGAAAUCUACCCCAAAUUUGACCGAGACCGAAUUUACAGGAUCACCAUAUGCUUUGGAUGGUCAAAUUGCAGGGCAACAUGGAUUUUCUCCCAUAGUUAAUUCAACUUCAACCUCAAAUACUAUGGAUGAUGUGAAAGAGAGAAGCAAUCAGGAAAAUGUUAUUGAAAAUACUGGACCAGCAGCUAAAGACAGUAUCUCGAAUGGGCAACAAAUGCCAGAUGGCAGUUGUACUGCCACUUAUAGUAUUGAUGAUCAUAAUCAAAUUAUAUCAGCUUCCUAUCAUGAAACAAAAGAUUUGCAGAGUGUCAACAAUGAAGAAAAGGUCGUGGUCGACAAUGAAGAUCACAAUGAGACUAUCUUUCCAGCUUACUCUUUUGAGACAAUAGAUUUUCAAAAUGACCUCGAUGAACCAGAGUUUGAUUCUCCUCAAACACAGGCUAGUGGUUCCGCUGUUCAAGUCUUGGAAAUAGUUCAGACUGAUGAUCAUAAUAAGAUUGUGCAAUCUUUUUCCUCUUCAGAAGCAAAGGAUUUGCAAAAUGAUCACAAUGAACAAAAGGCUGAUCCACCUCAAGUAAAUGUUGCCAGUGCUAAAACUGAAGUAUUGGGAACGAUCCACAUUGAUGAUCAUAAUGAAAAUAUACCAUCAUCUUCCUAUUUAGAAUUAAAAGAUUUGGAGAACGAUCACAAUGAACUAAGCAUCAAUUCACCGGAUAAACAAGUUGCCAGUUUUGCCGUUGAAGUCCUCGGAACGGGCGACACAAAUGAUCAAGAUGACCUUACAAUAUCAGUUUCCUCUACUGGUGUAAGAGAUUUGCAAGAUGAUCUCAACAAGCAAAAGAUAAAUCCACCAGAAGAACAGGUUGUGAAUGCUGGUACUGAUGUCUUGGGAAUGGACGACACUCCUACACAUGCUAAGCAGGUUGGCCAUAUUGACACAGCAGCUCCAAUUGAAUCUGUCAAGGCAGCUGUUUCCAAAUUUGGAGGAAUUGUGGAUUGGAAGGCUCAUAGAAACCAAACAGUGGAAAGACGCCAACAUGUAGAACAAGAACUCCAGAAAGCACAGGAGGAGAUCCCGGGGUACAGAACACAAUUUGAGGCUGCUGAACAGGCAAAAAUUCAAGUACUAAAGGAGUUGGAUAGCACUAAAAGAUUAAUUGAGGAACUAAAACUAAACUUAGAGAGGGCACAAACAGAAGAGCGCCAGGCAAGACAGGACUCAGAGCUUGCGAAGCUUAGGGUUGAAGAAAUGGAACAGGGUAUUGCAGAUGAAGCUAGCGUCGCAGCCAAAGCACAACUUGAAGUUGCUAAAGCCAGGUUCUCAGCAGCUAUUUCUGAACUUAUGUUUGUGAGAGAAGAGUUGGAAGGAUUGCGCAAGGAAUAUGCUUCCUUAGAGAUUGAUAAAGACGUAGCAGUUAAGAAAGCUGAAGAGGUUGUACUUGCAUCAAAAGAAGUGGAGAAGACAGUGGAAGAAUUGACCAUUGAAUUAAUUGCUGCGAAAGAGUCAUUCGAGUCGACACAUUCUGCACACUUGGAAGCGGAGGAAAAAAGAAUCGGAACAAUCAUGGCUAGCGAUCAAGAUUCUCACAACUGGGAGAAGGAACUUAGACAAAUAGAAGAAGAGCUCCAGAAACUAAGCCAGCAUAUUUUAUUAACAAAGGACCUCAAGUCUAAAGUAGACACAGCCUCUGCCGUGCUUCUUGAGCUAAAAGCUGGAUUAGCUGUUUAUAUGGAAUCAAAAUUGAAGCAAGAAGAUGAUGUUGAAGGAGUUUCAAAAAUAGAACCAGAGGAACUAGAGAAGAAAACACAUAUUGAAAUAGUGGCAAUUGUGGCAUCAGCUGGAAAGGAACUUGAGAAAGUAAAGAUCGACUUGGACGAACGAAAUCACGAGGUUAAUUGCUUGAAGGUGGCUGAGGCAUCGUUAAAAGCAGAACUUGAACAACAGAAAUCGACUCUUGCCACCAUAAGGCAGAGGGAGGGAAUGGCAUCCAUUACUGUUGCUUCACUUGAAGCAGAACUAGAGAAGACUAGAUCUGAAAUAGCUGAAAUGCAAAUGAAGGAGAAAGAGGCUAAAGAAAAAAUGGUUGAGCUACCUAAAAAACUACAACAAGCAGCUGAAGAUGCUGAUCAGAUCAACUUAUUUGCUCAAGCAGCCCGUGAAGAGCUCCGAAAAGUAAAGGAUGAAGCCGAGCAAGCCAAGGCUGCAGCAAUCACAAUGGAAAGCAAAUUACUUGCAACUCAAAAGGAGAUCGAAGCAGCCAGAGCUUCUGAGAAGUUGGCGAUAGCAACAAUCAAAGCAUUGCAAGAGAGUGAAUCAGCUAGAAGAAACCUUGAUGCAGACCCUUCCAAUGGGGUGACACUUUCUUUAGAGGAAUACUAUGAACUCAGCAAACGCGCCCACGAGGCAGAAGAGCAAGCCAAUUUGAGGGUUAUAGUUGUUAAUUCUGAUAUUGAGAUGGCUAAGGAUUCUGAAUUGAAAACCUUGGAGAGAUUGGAAGAAGUGAAUCAAGAGAUGUCUGCCAUAAAGGAAUCUCUGAAGGUGGCAAUGGAUAAAGCUGAAAAAGCAACAGAAGGAAAAUUAGCUAUAGAACAAGAAUUAAGAAAGUGGAGGGCUGAACAUGAACAACGAAGAAAGACCGGUGAGUCUGACCAAGGAGUGAUAAGCCAAAAUCAAAGCCCUACGGUCAGUUCUGAGAGAACUAGGGAAGUAAAUCUCCAUGAAGAAGCUCCAAAGGAAGGUAGUCCUGUGCAUUAUAUGUCUAGUUCAAAGGCUAAUGUACAUGAAAACAACACUGAUAAUGGACCGGCCCCAGAAAAAAAGAAUGGUAAGAAGAAAAAGAGGUCAUUAUUCCCACGUGUUUUAAUGUUCUUUGCCAGAAGAAAAUCAACGAAGUCCUAGUUUUCCUCAGUAGAUAUCGCAUGCCAUGUAAUGAUGUGGCUGUCUUACUCCUCAUCCUUUUGAAGAUCAUAGACCAGGAUGGCAGGAACCUCAAAUUUGUAAAGAACCAGUACAUGUUAGUCAUUGUUGUAUGUAUGAUUGAUUAGAUUAUACUUUGUCUUACUGAAAAGAUCAUGUUUGGUUGGUACUCUGAUAUAAAAUUAUCAUCCUUGGUAGGAACAGCGAGAAUAGGA